AUGCUCAGGACCCAGGACCCAGGACCCAGGACCCAGGACCCAGGACCCAGGACCCAGGACCCAGGACCCAGGACCCAGGACCCAGGACCCAGGACCCAGGACCCAGGACCCAGGACCCAGGACCCAGGACCCUAUCCUUUCUCCGGGUCCCCAUUCUUUUCUGGAGCCGAGAGAAGGGAGAACUGA